AUGCUGCGGAAGGAGAAAGAGCGAGAGGGUUCUGGAACUGAGCGCAGAGUCUCAUUACGAAUUUACGAUCCGAGCAGAGAGACACCAGAAGUAGGACAGAAAUAUUUGAAAGUGUUGUUUGAUGUUAGCUGUUUAUCUGCUGAACGAUUUCUCCUGAAAUUGGUGCCAAAUCUUAAGUUGUGUGAUACGAAUAUUCGUGAUCCGGAAAUUUCUCAGGGCUUAAUAGAUCACAGGGGCCAUAAGCGAGAGAAAAUUCAUCAGCAGUACCAAAUGACUGCAACAGGGCAGUUACCCAUGGAUCUAGUAGGGACAAGUAUAGUAACUGGAGGAAAGGUAGGGCAGCAAAAGACAUUAUCUGGGCCAUUUCCGUUAAAGGGAGCAAAAAAAUUGAAAUCGAGUGGUUAA